CGCGUCCAGAAUCUGCCCAACGAUUUGGAGAGCGGCCAGCUAGUCUCGAUCCUGACCUGCCCUCCUGACGUUCCACCGUGCAAUUCUCGAGCGGAGAGACGGAAACCGAGCGAACCUGCGGUACAGGGGGAUUAAGUUGGAAGGACGGGGGAAAAAUGCAACCGCAAUUACACCAGCAAUUUAGGUGUACCAUUGCUCUCCCUUUUGUCGCGUACGCAAAACCUUCCUUUAAACUUUAAACGGUCAAGCGUGAAUAUUUCCUGACGGUAGUUACUCGCAGUGGGUAGUUAAAAAAAUAGACACCGUCAGUUGCAUAAUUUUGUGGCGGUCGAUUUCCUCAUGAAACCCACGUUUCUUUGUGCGAAACGCCUGGGCGUUUACGUUUCUGCGGCAAACAAACGUUGAUACUCGUAUGCAUCUUUCGCGCGAGUGGGUUAAGACUCCGUAAUGAUGAAAUAUUAAAAGAUUCGAGGCGAUACCAGACGCGUAAUGUUUCGCUUGAAACAUAAUCAACGAGUGGUGAGUUUGUUGGAUAAAAAAAAGAAGAAAAAAAAACAGGCGAAUGAACGCCAAGAGGCAAAGCGUGUCAUCAAUUAGGAUCCUUAAUCCUUUCCAUCUCCGGCUAUGUAAUUCGUUGCACGACCACGAGAGCCCUCGCCGGAUGGAGUGGUCCUCGUGGAAGGGCUCGAAAGCAAGAGAAACACACUUCUCCCUAGGUAGAUUCAUGCGAUAGACGUAGUUAUCUCGGUCACCUAUUAUACCACCGAAAACGAGCGUAUGGUUUAUGUACUUUAAAAGACUAAUACGGUUCGGUUUCGAAAGAAAGAGUCUUCUUUGAAACCGGUUCCUUUGUCUAUCCGCGUUCGGGUGUCAAAUUAUGGAUAGGUGCAUCAAAGAAAAUUCAGAGUAUUCUGUAUUUAUUUAAUCGAUAUACAAACAGGCGAGGUAUUUAACCGAAUGUUUCCUCGAUGGCGGUCGAUCGCAAAGGCAAUCGGUUUGUUAAGAGUCGAACGGUAUCCGCUGAGCACCACUGCAAAGACUGCACUCCCGGUUGCAUUUUAGCGAAGGGCAGUGGAAUCGCGAACCGGCAGCAACGACGGCGACGACGACGGCGACGGCAUACAUUCUCCGUGUGCGUGCGCCUGUUUCGUAGUACGCGCCACGGCCACGUUCGCAUAGGGGUGCGCUCGCUUCUCCCUCCAGGUGUCCCAACCUAACCUACCCCUACUUCGCUUCGUAUCCCUUGCUUCGGCCAAUCUGCUCUCCCCUCUGUCCUCGCUGCUAGCGGCCGAUUUCCCCUUGCCCAUCCCUUCCUAUACGGCUUCUCGCCCCCACCAUUGGCUCGAGGCGACGAGCGCACAGCUGCCACACUGCGAAGUGCGAAGGACUGGAGAGACGCGCAGCGACGCCGUUACAGUCCAGCCGGUUGUUUGGACUAACCUAUAAAAGUGUCGAGGAUAGAAGAAAGAAGGAAAGACAAGAGAGAGAGAGCGAGCGAAAGGGAAACAGUGGCCGGUGUGCGUUACUCGUGUUUUUUCCUCUGGCUAGAACUCGUGUCCCGUGGAUCGCGCGAAAGCCGGCUAGCGUCGUCUUUUCGCAAACGGUUCGUGUCAAACGAAGGAGCCGUUCCUUUCCAACGUUCCUCCGUAUGCGAAGGAUAAUUUCGCUUGCCGAGGACCGGCAGAACAGGGAGUCCCUUUGUCUGAAACGCGCGUCGCGGCUCUCGGUCGUGGUUUCUUUCCCGAUCGACCGGUCGUGCGAAUCGUUUUGGCGGCACCGAGAAGGACGCGGCACGAUCGUUGUGUAUCGUUUACUUGUAUUCGCAUCGUCGCGACCUUGAACUUGUGUGCCUAUACCCCAUCGAGUGGCUGUGCGUGGUUCGUUUAACCUGUGGCCUCGAUCGCUCGAAGGUGAAACACAGUGCGGAGAGAAGGCAGAGAGAGAAAGAGAGAGAGAGAGAGAGGAAAAGGAAUCGAAGAAUCGUCGAGCAAGAUCCUGGAAGCGAGAGCGUCUAACGAUGUUUCCCUAUACAACCUUCCCGGCAGUAGGGCUAUACACGAGUUUUCUUCUCGGCGAAGAGGAUCAGAGGAGAAUGAAUUAGAGAGACAAAGAGACAUACAGUGUGAGACGCGCAGCAGCAGGUGGACCAAGAGAGAGAGAAAGAGAGGGUGGUGUGCACCAGACACCGCACGCGUUCUCGACUGUGAUCAUUGAGAACACCUGUGUGUUCUCUGUCUCUCUGUUUUUCUCAAGGAUGCAGGUACGAAUCCUGGUUGCCGCUGGCCCUGGUGAACCGACGCUGAUGGACCACCACCAGGUGCUACGAGCACAAACGAUGGAGCAACGGUGACCGGGGCACGGUGGUGUCUAUUGUCUCUCCGCCGGCAUGGAGGCAGCAAAUGGUACGAUCGAGCACGAUUUUCACAAUGCCCUGGUGCCCAUAAACGGUAGCCAUUCCGGCAGCUCCGGUAGGAGUACACCGAAUGGCGGCGAUCCAGCACCUGGUAAAUUGUUCGUCGGUGGCUUGUCUUGGCAGACCAGCAGCGAAAAGCUGAGGGAGUACUUUGGCAUGUUCGGCACCGUCACCGAUGUCCUCAUCAUGAAGGAUCCGGUUACACAGCGUAGUCGCGGCUUCGGUUUCAUCACGUUCGCGGAGCCGGGUAGCGUGGACAAGGUGCUGAAGUGUCCGAUUCAUACGUUGGACGGGAAGAAGAUCGACCCGAAACACGCGACGCCAAAGAACCGCGCGAAACAGGCGAAUCGGACGAAGAAGAUCUUCGUGGGGGGCGUUAGCCAGGACACGAGCAGCGAGGAAGUGAAGGCCUACUUCAACCAGUUCGGUAAAGUCGAGGAGACCGUGAUGCUGAUGGACCAGCAGACGAAACGUCAUCGUGGCUUCGGUUUCGUCACGUUCGAGAACGAGGACGUGGUGGAUCGCGUGUGCGAGAUCCACUUUCACACGAUUAAGAACAAAAAAGUGGAGUGCAAGAAGGCUCAGCCGAAGGAGGCGGUUCAACCAGGCGCGUUGGCCCUGGGCAAGAGGGUGGUAUUGGGCGCACUCGGAGUUAGAUUAGCGCCACAGCCGCCGUUACCGGUCGCCGCGGCGUCUCAGUUAGUCGCGGCACAGGCCCAGGCACAAGUACAAGCGGCCGCGGCCGCGGCUGCGGCUGCCCAGGUUCAAAACGCUGUUGCCGGUUACGGGAAGCUGUUCGCCAGUAGCUAUCCGGCCCUGUCCGCUUACCGAUACGCGCCGUACCCGAUCCCAGCGGCGGCGGUGGCAGCGGCCGCGGCCGCAGCCGCACCGACCCCGGCUCCGGCACCCCCGACAGCCGCCGCCACGCCAGCUGCUGCAGCCGCAGCCGCGGCCGCCGCGCCCGCGAACCCUUACCAGGGAUACUCGCUCACCAACGUCGACAUGUCCAGUUUCCAGGGUGUCGACUGGGGCUCCAUGUACGGCAUGGGAAUGUACGUCUAAACCUAAACGGUACCACGCACCCCCGCCCCUCCCCCGCCACCGCGUUUUUUCUAUUCCUGAAUCUUCGCAUUAAUCCUCUACUGCGCGUUCGUUUUUCCAACCUCGUCUUCGAUAAAGUAGUCUUCCUCGAAUGAACGCGUGCUUCUGCGCGAUCGUAACGCGUUCCCCGCGAACCGCUGCAAACGUCUCAAAGUUGAGCUAUCCCAACAACGAUGGCCCAAGAACCGCGCGAAAGAAGCAAGAGGAGAGGUGAAGAAGAAGGGAAAACGGGAAGAAAGAAUCUGGAAAUCGUGGGGCGGGGGAAAUCUCGGUGGACGAAAACGUGUCGAGCAGGACGCGAGGACUUUCCUGGCCGGAAACCGAAGUCAUUCUUCUUGCGUUUACUAUUACUUCAUUAUCGCCUAUCGAUUAAUUUAUUAGCGUGAGUGAGCGAUUGAAAAGGAAGAGGAAACAAAGAAAAAAAAUGAUGAGAGAGGGAGAGAGUGCAUGCGUGUGUGGGUGAUAACGAAAGAGAAGAGAGAAAGAAGAAGAUAUCGUUUUAUCCUUCGUCCGCGAUACCCACUCGCGAUUCUUUUUGUCCACGCGAUUAUUCCACGCGUUUUGUGUUUUUGCGUCACACUCGUUAGGUUCCUAGUUAGAUUAUAGAAUCACCCCCUUUGACGCGAUACGCGCAGCGUCGCCAUCGUAUUCAUUCGUUUGCGUUCUUUUCCGGCUUCCCGCCGCGCCCAACCGUACGAUAACUAACUAAUUACUUAAUUACUUAAUCGAUUAAGCGAUAUAUCGGCGGCCGUGUACGGCCGCCCUACUCUCAAGGAUCUCGACCACGAAGCAAUAAAACAGGGGAGGUAGAAAUGAGAGAUACAGACGGAAAGAAGAGAGCGAACUUGGAACGUUGUGCCGUGAAAGAGCUUUCGAACCAAAACCGUUGCGUAUCCGCGGAACAAGCUCUCUUUCGUUUUAGACUUUUCAAAGAGAAUAGCGACCGUUGCUCGUGAACGAAACGGAAGUACGCGGAAGAAGGGAAGGGUGACGGAGUGGUGGUAGUUGUACCGGUAGUCGCGCGACGCUCCUUCGCCUCGAUCAAAGUGCCAAACGAACGAAGCCUUGCGAACAUAUUCGCUCGAGAAAAUCAUCCUCGAUACUCUUCUGUAGCAAGUUCCCUGGGUAACCGCGCGAUCCUACCUUCCGUAAUCGCUCGUCCUUUCGCCGCGUGCUUCCGGUUGCCGAAUCAACGAGACGGAAGUUGACGUACGUUCGUUCGCACGGUCAGAAGAAGAGGGUUACGCGUACGUAGAGGAAAUAAAUCAGUCGUACACGUACGAGAAACGCGUCUACGUAGUAUAACGCAUAGGUAUACAUAUAUUUUUUCUUCGAGUAAUGGAAGACAAUAUUUCUCCAUCGCGCGAGAGCAGAAGGAGCAGCAAUGCGAUUCGACGCGUUUCGAGGGAAAACUCGCGUUCCCAGCUGUAUACUAAACUAACAGUCGCGACCGAGCGAGCGACUUUUUUUUUGCUAACAGCAAAACCGAGAUUGAGAUUAGCUCAGUGUAAGUUAAGCGACCCUAACUCGUAAGUUUCAACUAGGUUAAGUUAGACGUUUAAGGCGUUCGUAAGAAAACGAGUCGAUACUUAAUUUAUACACGUAUCUAUCUCUGUGCGAGCCGCGUUCUUCUCGCUCGCGAUUACGCGACGAAUCGAUCGUCCGCCACUUCCGUUACACUUACGAUUUUCCUCAACGAGGGGUUCUCUAAGUUCUAAAAGGAAAAAAAAAUCUUUCACCGCCUUCGAACUAGCGAUUUCAACGGAAGUGCGAAAGAUCGACGAUGUAAGCACCUCGCGUGUAUCUACAGGCGUCACGAUUCGACGAGAAGAGAGAAAAAAAAGGAAAAUAAAAGAAAAAGAGCGAAUCGAAAGCGAGAAAAGCGCGGCACGUGGAAACACAUGUGAGAACUUUCGAGCAAUAAGCGAUUCGUUGACACGUUAAGCUGUACCGUUUCCGUUUAACGAUACGAUGAUAGCGAGGAAAGAGCAGAUUGCAUGGUACUGAUACGAAGGAAUAAUUAACAGGAGCGUGGCUUGCUAGCGAUAGCAAGCGGGGACGGUAAGAUAGGGGGCAAGAGCGUAGAAAAAAAAAAAAAAAAAGUAAAGAAGGGAUGAAAGAUGAAAAGUUCGAAGAAAGGAUUUUUCUUCGAACGACGAAUAAUAUUCUAUAGUGAUAUACACACCUUAACAUAUACUUAACAUGUACCGUAAUAUUAACGACGACAAAGCUCGCGAGUGAUAUUUAUUACUUAUAAGAAAAUGCUUAGAACGAUAAGCAGACGAUAAGUGAGUUAAUACGGACGUGUGCGUUAUAAGCGAGAGUCGAGAGAACGAAGCACGCCUUAUGAAAUCGCGAAAAGCAAGUAUACACGCGCGCGUUAUAUCUGCCGAGCAGAAUUAAACAAGAGGCGAUGAUUCGAGAAACCACGGUGCGACCGAAUUUUAUUUUAUUUUAUUUUUUAUUUUUUUUUUUAUUUUUUUUCUUCUUUUGUUUGUUUCUGUGAAAUCCAGAGUCUACGCGUACUCGUCGAUGCGCCGUUUCGAGAACACGAACCAUGGGUGCGUACUUGAAGCUAACCUCGAGGACACCCGACCUCAAAGUAUUCGAACUAUCUCCUCGAUCCACCUACAUUCGUCCAUUUCUUUUCUCGUUUUUUUUUCCCCGCGUUUCCUUCUCUUCCUACCCUCUUUCAUUGCGAACGUCGUAGAAACGAUCGAUGAAAGAGAGGAAGGGUGACACAUCCGGUGUCGUCGAUCCUCUUCGUCGAUUAAAUAUCGAUUUUCCUUCUCGUUCGAACAGGCUCGACGACAUCGAAACGCAUUUCUGGGUGUCCUCAUUUUUCCUCCCUCCGUGUCGUUUAUGCCGAUGAUAAUGAUUAUUUUAAUUUUGUUUUUUAAUUAACAAAAUCGGUGCAGACUUGCCGCUGAUAGAGAAACGGGAUCUUUCGAAUCGAUCGAUCGAUCGAUUUGCUCGUCGAUUCGGAAUGACCUUUGAACUUGCAUCGAUGCAAACGCCCAUCCAUCGUUGACAGCUAGCCUACCCUCUCCUCCACGAACGCUUCCUUCUUUUUCCUCCCCCGAACCAUUUUCAACCCCCUUUGAUAUACACCUUCCGGUGAUAUCAUGUAUUGUACAUGCUAAUACACGAUCGCGCGCACAUACACACACGUACACACACACACAUACGCUCAUACUUACAUUUUUACUUAUUUUCACAGAAAUCAAGUACACGUAUAGACAGACAUAGUUACACGUAUUGCGAAUGUCGAAAGUAAUUUUUAGCGUAGUUAGUAUUUUGAUAAACGCUAACCACCCAUUAGUUGAGAAUGAUCAGUAGGUAAAGCAUGCUGGUUGAGAAAUAUCUUUAGAUUUCUGAUUCCUGUUGUUCCUUCACCGCCCUCGUCGUGUCGUUGUACGUUUUAACAAGAAUUAUCUGUUAUUCUUGCCGAUCGCGAGCGAGCGCUAACGAGAGAUACCUAAUCAAAUUUCCCUCGUUCUUUUUUCGUUUCAUAGUUUUCUUAAUUUUACGUUAAUUUUUUUUUUUUUUCUUUGUUUAUUUAUCUUUGUGUUUCUUCAUUUUAAUUUUUAAUCAUCAAACGAUUGCAUGCAUCUUUUUUGUUUUUCAUUUUCUCGAAAGAUUUAUCAACUCGAAGGUAAAACCGAUCUGGCGACGAAAACAGAUCCGUUUCGACGGACGCAAAAAGACGGUUAUCGAAUAAUUUUCGCGAUUCAUAAAUCUAAGAUAAGUUGUAACGUUACCGAUCGAAAAUAUACAAAGUGCGCGAAACGUUGUUCACUGGAUGUCAAUCAUUAGUGGUAUUUCACCCCUGUUCACGAUAUAUUCACGUUCCUGUGAUCCACUUUUAAUCAGAUUUUUCUCUAGAUAAAAGAAACGAAAGCUCCCUUAAAUUCUACCGUAUUCCGCCGAACGGAAGAGAAUUAUUGAAGCAAUUAAACGUUCGAACGUAACGAUACGCGGAUCUUUUUUUUUUUAUCGACGACCGGUCGUUUCGGUAAUAAAUUUAUAGUUCUUUCUCUUCCGCAAACCUUCCUGUCGCGUCGAAGGGAUCGUUCGGAAAACUAAAAGCGAUAAGCAGUUUCGUCGUUUUUCCAUUGAAGCAACGAAGCGAGAUAGAGGGAUGGGGUGAACAGAGACGAAGACAGAAAGUAACGCACCCUCGUCGAGACGCGUCCUAGAUCCUCACCCGAGUCCACCCGCUCUCCAAACACACCCUCGUUUAACUGAAUCCGGUACUUUGUGCCUCUCCUCGCUCUUAUUAUUACUUAAUCUCAUUAUUGUCUAUCUAGCCAUCACCAUUAUUACCAUCGUUAUUGUCAUCACCGUUAUCCAUUUCCUUCGUUCUCUGUUCGAUUCGUACAUUUCCGUUCGUUUACUCGUGUCGUGUGCCAUAAACACGGAGCGACCGUGCAACGAGACACGAGAAGAUCAGUUCGACGCGACGCGACGUGAAAAUCUCUGCUCCGCUUUUCCCUCGGGCUAGGCUGAACCGUCGCGGGGUCCAGUGGGUCGAAACCACCCACGAAAAGGGAAACUCUUCCAUCGAUACCCUGUUCCAAUUCGCCGAGUACCUUCCGCUCGUUGAAAAUGAACCCCCGACCUUAGGAUUGUUCGUCGAAUGCUUUCUAUUAUUUUCUCCCAGCGAAACCCGUUCAUUCUUUCUAAACGAACCGUUACUCUGAUUUUCAUCUUUCCUUUUUCGUCCUUUCCGCUCCGUUUAUCGCCGAUAGAUCGGCUGUUAUUUUCAUCCGCGACGAAUCAGCCGGCUGCGACGCGUUAUCGAGAACGAGACGGUACGAUACGACAAAAUAAAGAGAGAGUAAGAGAGAGUGAGAGUGAAAGAGAGAGCACGCAGGGCGGCGAACGCGAAGAACGACAUAAACGACAGAUUAUUUAGUUUAGUUCGAUGCCUAGAUGAGUUGCCAAUAAAGUAGUUCAUUUCAAACUUGUAGCUAACCUGUAUUGUGUGUACAACAUCCUAUCUUCCGUCGUUGAUCCUUUUAUUAUUCUUCUUCUUAUGUUUCUUCCCUAAUAGACAGUCCUUAGCCGUAUCUGUGUACCUCGGCUAAUUGUAUUUUAUCAUUAUCAUCAUCAUCACCAUCGUCAUCAUCAUUAAUAUUAUUUUUACUUCUGCCAGAUAUAAUUGUUUCUUUCAUUUUCCGUUUUUUUUUCUCUUCUUCUUUUUUUAUUUUGGUGCUGUGUAAUAUUUUCUACCUUUUUACUUACUCGCACACGUAUUCUGUUUGUGUCUCUCUGUAUAACACGUUUAACCCCGAACUAGCGUGUAUGUUGAGAUAAUAUUUAUUGCGAAACGUGUUUGAUUAUUUAAUACGAUUCGUUCAGGCUAACCCUCUCCCUCUGUCCUCCGCCUUUAUCCCCGAUUUUCCUUCGAUCGCUGGACUCUCGUCGACAGCGUCGAAGCCGUCGUUCGUGCCGGAGGCGUAGCACCGCGAGCGCAUCGCUAAUUGGCUAAUUAAUAUUAAGCCGUAACUAGCCUCGUUAACCCCGCUGGGCAUUCGUUUCACGCCGCUCUCUGGUUGGUCGAGAGCACCCUGUGCUCGGUCGCGUUCUUCCUUUGGUAGUCGCGCGUUUGUUCCGGACGUGCACCGCGUCGAGGGUCUUCCUUUCCGUCUUUCAAUCGCUCACCGACGCGUCAUCGUCAUCGACGACGUUCGGAGAAAUUCGAAGGGAGGGCAAAGAUCAUCGACGCGGAGACGUUCCACGAAAUCGUCGGAUAGAAAAGCUCCGCGUUGUCCCUCCGGUACGUUUCCCACCUAAGACAAUAACGUUUCUUAACAUGGUUGCUUCCUCUCUCCCUUCACACAGCCCUCAUGUUGCUUUUUAAGCUGUUUAAAAACAGCCGGCGAAAUUGUUGUAGCGCAUGCAUUUUAGCUAGAUCAUCCUUGGCGCGCUCUAACCAGCAAGUAAGAGUAAAAUUUAAUAAAUUCGAUACGCAUACAAUUAUUUUCCUCGGAAAACCUCUGGAACCGGUAUCUACGCGUUUCUGUCUCGAUCGUGGGUGGAAAAGUGUUGGAACGAUCGAGAGAGAACCGUCUCGUCCCGUUUUCUAUUCCUCCUCUCCUCCCUCAACUCUUUGCGUUCGUUGCGAAAACUUUGAUCGAUAUUAACGUUUAAGAAUCACGCGCGGAAAGAUCGAUCUCUGAAAGCUUUUCGGAGAAAAGAGCAAGAGAAAGAAAAGAGAGAUUGAGAGUUUCGCCCAUCCUGUCCCCCUUUUCGCUCGUACGCUCGACCAAAGAAUAAAUCGCUCGAACAGCGUCGCAAUAUUCGAAGAGUUAUUUUCGAAACGAACCGGGAGACCCGUACGUUAAAUCGUCGGCAAACAAUCUUGCAACGACCAAGAACUGUAGCGCGCUUAGAAAAUCUAAACGGAGGAACAUCCGUGUAGAAACGUUGUAGACGUAGAGAGCUUUCGACGUAGUUGGCUAAAUUAACCCAAGUAGAAUUUGAUGAUAACCACGUUUCUCUAAACUUUUUUCUACGAACAGCGAGCCUUUACGAUCCUAAAUUCCUAACUGUAUUUAAACGUAAGAACGAGAGGAAAUUCGACGAUCGUUCUUGCAGUUUGCUCGAGCGUACCGAGACCAGCCGACAUCCUAGCACGGAGAAAGACUUUCUUCCGGUUUCUCUGAUUAAAACCGACGAAUGAGUCGCGACUGAUACGUUUGCCUACAUAUCGUCGAUGAUUAGAGUUUAGUACGAACGUUAGAUCGUAGUUCGUUUUAUACACAUCGCGCUGUGAUUAUUCGCGGGAACAGAGAUUCUCGAGCGAAAGAUAAAGAUUUAAAGCUCUUCGAUCAAACGAACGAUCGAAACACCGCGAAUACCGAUCGACCGCGACUGGACCAAUCCGAACGUUUUCCCGGUGUUUCGUCCUCGUCGAACGAACCGCGAUACAUAUCGAUGCACGCGACAUAUCAUUUUACGAUUUACCGAUCAUUCGAUUCGGCCGUCAUUUCUCACGAUCGUUAGUCGAAACUAGAUUUCAACAUUUUCUCGAAGGAAAGUUAGAUUCGCGCCUUCCCUUUCCGCUUUCUCCGUGCACUCGUCGAUCGUUCUUUCCCUCGUUUUACGAUCGUCGAUUCGAUAGAACCCUCCGAGUGCCUUAACCCCCCCCCCCCAUGAUCUCUCCGUACCCCCUACUGUUUCUUCUCCUUUGUAACUCGAAAGAAAAAAAAGACAAACCAACGACAAAACGAGAGUACAGAUAUAUGUAUGUAUAUAUAUAUAUAUAGAGAGAGAGAGAGAGAGAGAGAGAGAGAGAAAAUAUGUAACAGAAAAAAAGAGAGACAGAGAGAAGAGAAUCAGGAACGAUUUAGACGCAUAUUAAUUCCCAUAGGCAAGAGUAGAAUUGAGUGUCGAUCGCUAGAGAGAACACGAGAGAACCACUUCCAUGGAUUCGGAUUCGAGACGGGCUGACCACAGCGCGGCUGAAAAAUCAGGUAAGACCAUUUUUCUUAUUUUCUUUUAUCCCUUUUGUAUUUUUCCUAUUUUACGUAACCAGUGAGCGCAGAAUGAUUCGAGUAUCCUGGAUCUCGACUCGUGCUGCGCGAACGUUUAUUAUCUACUCGCAUCCUUUUUAGCGUAGAUAUAUCGCGUAGUGCGUUUAGACAUUGGGAAAAAAUUUAGCGUGUCAGUAGCGAGUAUUUAUUGUCGAUAACAAUGGCAAGAAUACCCUUUUGAUCCCUUUUAGCGUGGCAGACAGCGAGAUUACGCAUCCUACCAGAAGUAAUACACAGUAAAUGUUGGUAGUUAAUUAGUGACAGUUGAAAAAUCUAUCGAUAGUACCCAGCGUAGUUUUAUUGUGCAUAAUUCGAACGUUUCAUUCCUUUUUGUGCGAGUAAUUUGAAAGAGCCUCGAGUUCGAGAACGGACGAUCGAAUAAGGGAAAGUUUCGCCCGCUUUAAAAUUACCGGCGGAUCAAGUUUUACCCCCUUCUCGUUGCGAGGGAUUAAAUGGAAGAGAGAAGUUUAAGAAUUGGCCCGACGAUCGAACAAAAUGGGAAAGAUCACGGUCUCGAGCGUGGCUCUGGACGCGUAUUAGAUCGCCGAUGAAUUUUCCGCGUGGAAACGUUUCGAUACACUCUCGCGUGUUCUACGAGCAAAACAACCCCCGUUGGAUUUUCCCUUUUUCCAAAAGUUUUCUCGUUAGCCAGACUCUCACCUACGUGACACGACUUCUUUCCAAGUUUUCUUUCAAAAAUCCUUCCCUGCAUCGAUUUUUUCAAUCUCCUCCCCUUCGAUUCGUUUCCUCGCGGACAGUUCGUCGGUUAAACGGUACUUGUAAUUGUUCGUAGCCAUUAUCGAAGCUGCGAUGAAGUGUGUUUCGUGCAUGCGUUACGAUUUCUACAUACUAAUAUACGUGUCUGAACGAUCGUCUCGUAUUCAGGGACGAUCUUUGCUCGGUUACACCGCGUGCUUCGUCAAUUUACAAUUCGAAUGUCUCGUGGUACGAGAUGAUCGUUGCCGUAUGAAGGCAACACUGAGGCCUUAAGUAGUCGCAUGUGUGAUUUGAAAAAGCAGAGAAAGAAAGGAACAGGUAUAUACAGGGUGUCUCUUAUGAAGCACCCUGUAUAUGCUUUCGUAAUGAUUCACCACUACUGCCACCAUUAUCCACCGCUAACACCUCCAUCGCCAUCAUCCUCCAUCAUCGUCAUUGCCUUCAUCGACCAGAGAGAGAGAGAGAGAGAGAUUAUCGAACUGAUAGAAGUUGAAACGAGUCGUUGUAAAGAGGUGUGCUAUACUCGAGCCUCCUCUUCCUCCUAUUCGAAUAAUACAUUUCUUUUUCACACGGAUCGUUUUUCCGCGAUGAAAAGGAUAAAGAGAUUCCGGAUUGGAGGAGUUCGAAAUGACAGAAAGUCCGGCGAAGUUUAGGUGGAACAAGAAAUACCGAAGGCGUGUUAACAAUGGCUGGUCUUUUUCGUUCGUUUUCCGAGGCACUCUUUCGAAAUGGGACCCGCGCGUUUUUCGUAGCGCUCUUUUCAAGCCAGCAAAAAUUUCUGGCGUCUUGUUCUUCCAGUACAUAUAUGUAUAUGUAUAUAAUUACGUACAUUCAUACGUACAUAUUGCACGUACACGAUGAAAAUUAAUAAAUAAAUUAUAUAUAUAUGUAUACACACACACAGAUAGAUAGAUAUAUAUAUAUGUACAAAUGUGCGUACAUAAUGAAUGUGUAAUGAAAAAUUCGACGGUCGAACCAAGGUACGGUUCGUCGUGCGAGAAAUUCGUUCAAGUCAAAUUCAUUGUGUCUCUGAUUGCCUUCAGUGAGAAUAAUCUUCGAAGUUUUUCUCCAUGAGAAAACUAAUUAAUCGAUCUUUAUGGAGUAAAGACUUUUUCACAAGGGAACUUUGACUCGUGUAUUUUUUCAUCUUCAAUGCAAAAACAUAUCCCCGCUGUCGAGAUAGAAGAAAGUAGAAGGAGCGAAAGGGAAGCUCAGUUUCUCGUCGCGUUUUUGCAUAGUCGUCGGGCUUUCUCGUUUCAUUUCACCGCGUUACGCGUCAGUUUUCCUUUCGUUUUUCCCUUCUUUCCGUUAACAUAGCCCGUGCAUCGAUAGAGACAAGGCGAAGAUCGUUUUCGCAAGGCGUAACCAUAUUAUCGGCUCGAAUCAACGCGACAAAAUAGACCAGUCUUUCUCUCUACGUUCAGCGAAGUGCUUUCGAUACUGCUAGCGAAUAUCGUUUUCACGGGUCGCUCUAUUUAUUCAGCGUGUGUGUCUGGUAGAUUACACGGCGAAAAAAAUCGAAGCGGAUCGGCUCGAAUCGACGACACGAAUUCGCGCCACCAACUUUCCCGGAGUACUGAAUUUUUUUCUUUUCUGAAACCGAGGGAUCGUAGCUUUCCAAAGUAAAAAUUGUAACGUCAGUAGAAUAGAGAGACAAAAGGUCGAGUGUCGUCGAGUUGGAGCGGUACGUUCGAUGAACGACACGAAGACAAUUAGAGAGGAGAAUUUUCAGUCUCGAGGAUGUUGAAAAAGUACAAACCGGGAGUAAAACGUUUAGCUGGGUCGAUUAGAGUUGUAGUCGAAAAAGGGACGAGUCGACCUACGCUAGCGUGACUGAGCAGAAAAUCGAGAAGGAGCCCCGUUUUCGCGGGUCCUCCACGACCGGCGAAGUUCAAAGGCUGAUGAGAACGGGUGUAGAGAUAUUCUUCGAGGACAUUUUUCCCGAUCGACGAGACCCGCCGAGCCGGGGCUUUUCUCCUAUUUACCGCGUAACCAGUAGCGAUAUAUCUCGUGUGAUAAUUCCAGGUAUUUAAUAACCUCAUUGGUAUCGUUAGUCAUACACGAGAAGUAUUAUCAUCAUCGUCGAAUUAUCAUCGUUUACCGAGUAGCAUUCGGUACGUUCUCUUAUCCAAUGUGCCAUUUCUCGUCAUCGUCGUUAGACACACUUUCAUCUUUCUUAUCCUGGUUCAGUUAUUACGAAAUCACUAAUUGGACGUUCGAUGACCCGUUUCGAAAUGAAUUAACGCCUUGAUUGCCACGGGGGUGAUUGAAGCUAAUACGAUACAGGAUAACAUCGACACCCUGUACUCUGAACUUCCUUGAAUUUCUUUUAAUUAGUCCCUCGUGGCACUGAACGCGUUAAGAAAGCAAGUUCGAUUUCGAAACGCUUUCGGUAUUUACAAGUCCAAGGAAUCCAGUGAUAAGGUGCCUCGUAGUCUUAUUUAUUUCAGUUGAUUUCAAAGUCGCCCUCCCCAAGUAACUUAUUUCUUAGAGAGUUGAUAUAACGUGUACACGAUUGAAAUUCUGAACGUAUUUUUCCGUGUCUUCUGUGGACGAAGCUUCGAGCGUAGCGCAGUUUCUCACCCCCGCAAGCAUUCCCGGCGGGCGACGAUCCACUGACUUUCCAAUAAGAGCGUCGUCGAAUUAUCUUCAAUUCAAACUUCCUUCCUUUUUUACUUUAAUUUUGUUCUUUCUCGUUUCCUUGCCUGUUGGCUCGUACACCAGCAGACUUGCUAGCCGGGACACUAACCCCUUCUCCCUCCCCCCGAGAUAUAUACAUAUAGAACACGCGAUCCAGUUUAUUGGAAAGAUCACGAAAUCGUAGCCAGUAGGUUAACCCGAAAUCCGCAACGUAAAUAGCAUAGUCAGCUAGCUAGGCAGCCGAAUAGUUAACACGAUGUGUAGCGAACUUAUAUAAUUAAUUACUUACUCCGUUUAAUGGGUAAGAGGCAAAAGACAGUAAUAAGUGAGGUUUCAUGAAUCGGUAGUUGGGUACGAGGAAAAGAAAAAGAGAAAAGUGAAAAAAAAGAAAGAUGAGAUACUGCGACAGAGAGAGAGAGAGAGAGAGAGAAAGAACGCGUGUGUUGGUGCGUGUGUGUGACAGUGUGUACAUGAGAAGGUGUGUUCUAAAGUGAGGAAGAGUCGUGUGAAAGAAA